CGCGGCCAGCCCAUGCAGGCAGCCACGCCGCCGAGCACAACAUCGAGUGAGUGUUCAGUUCAGUCUCAGUCACUGCCAGGCUACGUCGCGACGCCUGCCGCGCCUCGCGUUGCUCGCGGUGUAAAAACGUCACGGUGACAGCUGCCGGCGAGGAGACGCACUCGCUUCGCCUGCUUCGCGACGCCUGCCCCGACGCCACGGCCGCAGCGUCCCGACGCCCUGGACCGCCCCUCGAGCGCACAGCGCACGUUCCCACCACAUUCCAGGCACGCUGGCCGUGCCUUGUGCCCCCUAACGCCCCGAGGUGCAGAGCGCACCGGCCUUACGUACGCGCUCGCGUGUGUGUGUGUGGGUGGAUGUGAGUGCAGUGUCAGGCAGUGAAUCCUGCGCCGCAACGCCCGAUGGACCACUCAUAGGAUUACUACCGAAAAUGCACCGAAAGCCGUCGUCGUGCCCACUCGUGCUAGAGGAGCCGCAGUGAUCCUGCAGGAUGCGAGAGCUCAAGAGCCCCGCGGUGGGGGUGGCGCCCCCCUACAGCCCGCUGGGGCCCCUGAGCCACCUGGGGGGCGUCGGGACGCCGCUGUCGCACCGGACGAGCGAGACGAACCUGCGGCGGUGCGGAGGCGUCACCUCAAGGGCGUCACAGAAAAGCUCGCUGCUCUAUGAUUUUCUCGAUGGCAGAGAUCUUGGUCCACAGCGUUCCGUCUCACUGACGACGCUCAGCCCGUCGGCCGCCGUGCCCGUGUCCAUGGUCAGCUCGCCCGCCUCCCCCGGCAGCGUGUGCACCAACGGCGACCCGGACCUGGAGCCCAGGAUGGCGCAGCUCGAGACGCUGGAGGCGAAGAUGGCGAGCAUCGAGGUGUCCCUGUCCACGACGCCGAGAAGGAAGAAGAACGGGUCGAUCGGGUCCGCCGCCGGGGUGACGGCCGCCGCGGCCGUGGCCACCAACGGCGUGGGCGUGGCCAACAACAACUCGCCCUACCGCCCCAGCCUGUCGCUGUCGCUCGCCCCCGGCCAGCAGCACGGCCAGCAGCAUGGACAGCAGCCCUCGCCGGGCCACAACGGCCACGCCACCCCCGGCCACGGGACGCCGGGCCACCACGGCUCCCCGAGCCCCGCGCCUCCCUCCAACAACCGCGACAUGGGCCGCGAGCUGGACGCACUGCGCAACGCGCUCCGGGACAAGGAGAACCUCAUCCAGAGCCUCCGCGGGCAGCUCAUGCACGGGCCGCCGCCCGCGACGCCCACCCCCGCGUUUGAGGAAAAUUGUGAUACCUAUAGAAAAGAACUUUUAUAA